ACAGAGAGAUAAAAGGUAAACAAUGGUGGCAGUACGCAAAGCAAAAUUAGACAUUAAUGUAAAAACUUCAAAGCUGCAAAUUUUGGAAUCAAGGGGAACUGAGGAGACACCAAAGCAAAAGAAAAACAUCAUGACCCCUCAAGAAACAUUUCAUGCCAAACCAUGUGACAACUGUCCUCUAGAAACAUCCACCGAACAGAUAAAAUGCGUGGUUAUUUGGACUUAUUUUCAUAAUGCCGAUUAUGGUCAUAUAACAUUUAAACUUGAACUAUAUUUAUUAUAUGUUAAUGUUUUAUGGUUUAAUUCAUAGAAUGUCAUAGUAGUAGGCGAGUUGGAUGGAUAUCGUUCGUUCUCAAACCUCCUCAACGAUGACGGUACUUGCUUCCCUGAUAACAUAACAGAUAAUCCAAAAGAUGACAUUUCACUAUUACUCUACUCCAGUGGGACGACAGGAUUACCUAAAGGCGUUAUGCUUACACACAGGAAUAUUGUAUCAAAUCUUCAGCAAACGAGGUAUAAGUACGUUAGUGACGUCAUAUUGUCAGUAAUGAUAUUCUGUAUGUAUCUGUCUUCUUUAAAAUUAAUGUUAUAAAUGUUUUCGCAGUUUUUAUAGCUGAAAGCCUACUUUGUGAUACUUGUCGUGUGUCAGUGACUAUACUAACGCUACCUUUUCGGGUUAUGAUAUAUGUCCUUGACUCGACAGGUUGUAGAUUUAUGUUUUGAAGAAAACCACUUAACAUUCACUUGGAAUAUAUCAUGAAGUAAAUUGUGUUUUUUCCAUGUGCUAAAUUUACAACUUUUAUUAAAUCUUAAUGUUGUUGUACUUUUCGAAUCAAAUGAUAAUCCUGAGUUAAUCAUUAUUAUUGAAUUCCGUAUUCGAAAGGUUAGCGUCAAAUGCCAAUAUGUUGAGGCAGUUUAUACCAUGAUCAUUUUAACAAAUCUAUAGUCCAUGUCUAUUUUGAAUAUUAUCCAUAUCUAUUUACUACAGGCCACAGCAUAUUAUCAAGGCUGAUGACACCGUUCUCUGUCAUAUGCCGAUGUGUAACGUGUAUGGCAUGCAAUUUAUACUUUUGACCAUCUUGCAAGCUGGAGGUAAAGUGGUCAUAUUACCUCAAUUCGAACCAGAAUCCUUCCUUGAUUCUAUCGAACAACACAAGGUAUAUUUUCCAUAUCUGUUACUUAAAUAAUCCAACUUCCUUUGAAAUAAAACAAAUAAAUCAGAAAGAUGUCGGGCAUUUGAAAGAAGCAUGGAUCUUUACUCAUUGACGAUAUUGUCUAGUGGAGAUGAUAAUGAAACUGAUUAUUUUUCACAUUAAGGAAACAAUUAAAUUGUGACAAUUGAAAUAGCAGCAACAAAAUGGCUCAAACGAGCCUUACCUUGUGUUUGCAUUGGCGGUAGAUGUAGAAAUAUCUGGUGGACAUAUAUAUCAUAAAUUUUAUGGAAUAUUGCGCGACAAAUAAUAAAAGAUAUCAAGGAAUGUGAAAAAGAAUUUCGGUUAUCAUUGAAUAACUAUAUUUUUAAUGCAUAUCUUAAAUGCUUACAAUCAACCGCAAUUGGAUCUGAAUCGACGGUUGCGCAACUCUACCAACCUCACCGGACCCAAAGCACGUAUAAGAUAUAAAUUAAUGUAUAUUGUUGAUUUGGUAGGUGACCGUCCUGUACAUGGUUCCUCCUAUGGCCCUGUUCCUAGCCAGACAUCCAGUCGUAGACACGUUUGACAUUUCGAGCAUCCGGUCUCACUUGUGCGGAGCAGCACCUUUAGGGGAGACGUUAUGUAGGGAAUAUGAGAACAGACUGAGACAUCCCGUUGUUCAAUGCUACGGAAUGACAGAGCUGAGUCCAAUAGCUACGUUAGACACGCUGCCUCCACACCACAUAGGAACAGUAGGACCAUUAAUACCUAACUCCAGCGCUAAGAUUGUGUGCUCAGAGACUGAGGCUGAACUUGGACCUGAGGAGACAGGGGAACUGUGUAUUCGGGGACCACAUGUCAUGAAAGGAUAUUUAAACAAUGAGAAGGCUACAAACGACAUGAUCAAAGACGGCUGGCUUUACACAGGUGAUGUGGGGCACAUGCGAGAUGACGGCUGCUUCGUGAUAAAAGACAGACUGAAGGAGCUAAUCAAGUACAACGGAUUUCAGAAUUAA